AUGGUGUCAUCUGCAAAUAGUCUAACGUUAGAAGAUAGUGACUCAGGAAGGCCAUUUAAGUCAAGAUGUAACAGUCACGGGCCUAAAAUUGAGCCCUGCGAUACAUCAGGGAGCACUUCUACAUCGUCUGAAGACACUCCAUUUAGCAAAACACGUUACUUCUUGUCGGGAAGGAAUGACUUUUUCCAUCAAAUGUUCUUUCCAUCUUUACCGUUUCUCAUUAGCUUUGUGAUGAGGUGCCGGUGACAAACCUUGUCGAACGCUUAUUAUUAAAAUCCAUUACUAAGAUGUCAGUUUUGUGACCAUCUUGCGGGUUAAAAUGUGAGUUGGACCGGGAGCCCGGGGUGGGUACUCCGAUAAAUGUUGGUAGGUGUGUGCCGCCGAUCAGGGUCUUAAGCCCUGAUUAUAUAAUUAAGUAUGAGACAAACGAAAACUGAUACCAUUAAUUUAAGGCCCAGACCCGAAAAGUGAAACCCUAUUCAAGGGAAGAACAAAAAGUAUUCAACAAUUUAAUGGCAACACAUAAACCUUCAUCAAAUUGCUUUCCUUCCUCGACGCAAUCAGGAAUUCGGUUAAAAGUUUUUUGCUUGUUUGUUUGUGUUUCAGAAGUCAUGUGCCCAAAUUCAGCAGUUAGUCCCGGAUGCUAAAUCUGCCUACUACUGGGUUCACAUUAAAGGCAAAAAGACGGAGGUUUACUGCGACAUGGACAAUUAUGGUAGGUCGCUGGAAUGUCUUUGGAUUAUUUAACAGUUGCAUUCAUCUACCAGCCCUGUCGAAUUUACUAGUGCCACCCUCCGCAUUUAAAGAAUUGUAGAAUCGCCCCAUGUAAUUAGGAAAUCAGGUCUCCGGAAUUCGAGAAAUUUUUGCUUGUGGAAUCCGGAAUUUCGAAAACCUUGCUUUUGAAAUCCGGAAUCUUGAGGUUUUCAGUCCGGAGGGAAUUCGGAAUGCGGAAUCCAAGUUUCACUGGCAAAAAAAUUCGGAAUCCAGGAAGUGGGAUCCAAUCCAAAAUUGUCUUGGAUUCCCUUACAUGUGGUAAAUUACAGAAAAUGCUGUGGUGAUGCAAAAGCCUGCCUUUGUAAUCCCGUGCCCCUACUGUUCCAUGUGAUAACAACUGAGGAACUACUGUAGUUAAUGAAGUGCCAACUAUUUAAUUAAGCCUCAAUUCGAGAAAACGUGAAGCGUCACUGCGUUCGUUUACGAUUCUCAAGCCCGUAAUUGUUUUAUUUUCAGAGUUUGCACUUGUUUACUUGAGACUCAAGAUGGUAAUCCACUUUCGCAACAUAAAAUAAAAUAUGAAUCAAAACAGUUAUGCAGUGGAUAUCAUUGACCGACUAUAUACUAGAGACGGACUAGACGUACAUGGAUAAUCCGUCAGACUGAAAGAAUUUGGAGGGCUUUUUAAUAACAUUUAUAAUUUAUAUUGCGCAAAUUGGCAUAAAAAUAUGAACAAAUGCGCAUGCGUUUUGUUUUCGAGGAAGGUAAAUAACAGACGCCAGUCUCCUCAAGUCAAAACUGAUCAGAAAUCCGUCUUCAUUUCUGUCCAGAUAUAAAUUUAGAGACAGAUUAACCGUCUCAGACGUGAGCGACGAAUUAUCCGUCUGUUAGUACGUCUAAAGACAAGCUGACAGACGAAUAAACAGGAGACGAACUUUGGCUCAAAACUCUUCUGAACACCAGAUUUAUAUGUAGACGAAUUACCCGUCUUUGCGCCCCCAGACGAAAAAUUCGUCUCUAGCAUAAAUUCGGCCAAAAAAUGCUCAAACCUUCUGGUAAGUCCCUUGUAAUACACCAAACUGAGGAACUCAUAACGAACCUAAUCCUUUUAUGUAAUUUGAAACAUUAGGUGGAGGAUGGACGCUUGUUGCAAGCAUUAGUUCUUCCAGCAAUAAUCAUCUUUUGAGAGCAGAAGUCAACUGCUUCAAUGCAACGCGUUGUGUUGAAUUCACAAAAACUUCAAUUUCAUGCAGAAAGUUAGCGGAUCAAGACAUCCACGAGAUUGCAACACACGAAGGUAUUAUUAGUCAUAUUUAUGACAGAAAAUGGUAUUUAGUAAAAUUGUCCCUUGCGAAGUCUCGACUUCGUUUCCUUGUGUAUGCCUUGGAUACUUUCUAGAUUUGUAUACGGGAACGGCCUAUUUUCAGUUUAUUCCUCAACUCGACCUAAUUGUUUUUAUCAAUUAUCAUCAUCAUCAUCAUCAUCAUCGUCGUCGUCAUCGUCGUCGUCGUCGUCGUUUUAUGUCGUCGGUCGCAUAGUUAAGGUUAGUAGCUAGGUUUGCUGAUCCAGGAUCUUUCUUUUAGUGCACGUGAGAGAAUUACAAGGAACGUAGAGUAAAGAAAUAUUAGAGUUAUUCAAUGUUAGAGCGUGAGCUUUUGUUAAGAGAAUAUUAGAUAUCAAAUUUUUUAAAUGGUUGAUGAAAGAGGAGUUCUUAAAGAACAGGUGGUACUGUUAGGAAAGGGCAGUAAAACAUCCUAAAGAACUACCCUUUUUCUCACAGCACUUU